AUGUUUUCUAGUCGGCGACCUCUAUCACCUAUUCCGGCAAGUUUUACAUCAUCGUUCUCAUCAGAUAAUUCACCAACAUCAACGAGAAGACGACCAUCAUCUCUAGGCUUCUAUCAACUAGAAGUUCGUGAUCUCGAAAAUGCCAAUGAUACCGAUUGGAACCAACCAACAUUUCGUAUUCCGAGACCAACGCUAUCGUUGCCAGGCUCAUCCGUAUAUGAUCCAACGGAUGAUCUCAUAUGGUGGACACCGACAGACGAUGAUCCGUCGCUAUCUACCGAAGAAUUCUCUUCGUAUCUAAAUCCGCCUCGUAGAUUACGCCCUUCCGAAGGACCUGUAUAUCAAAUCACUUCGCCGCCGCUUCCUUCUCCUUCAUUGCCAGCUCAAUAUCAAGCUCCGUCUACUCCUUUGCCACGAUCGACGCCUAAACGUAUCCUCCGACGUUUUCGACCGAAGAGAUACAUCAGAGAAAAGACUCCUGGUCUAUGUACAACUUUAUGUUCUGGUGGUUUUGGUACCGUCGCUGUACUUAUUUAUCUUUGUUUUGCUCUCGCCCUACCAAUCGCCAAGCUCGUUCUAGGUAUUCUUUAUAUCAAUGAUUGCCGUGUAAAUAAUAAAAUUCCAUUAUACAUGAUUGUGUCUGGUGCUGGUGGAUUGGCUAUGGUACUAUUUCUUCUUCUAUCGUCAACUUGUACAUUCUAUCGAUCAUCGACGGUUGCAAGAAAAGCAACUCAUAAAUGUAUCAUAGGCAUUAUUGCAUUUGCACGUGGCAUGCAAGGUGCCAUCGCUCUUUUUCUUUUUAUUUGGUUUUUUCUUGGUAAUUUCUGGGUAUUUGGCGCUCGAUAUCGUGUUCGAACCGAUGUACCUGACGAAAUAGACAAUUACUGUCAUCCAGGUCUUUACUGGUUUGCGUUCUAUGUUCUGAUUUUUACUUAUGUCGCUGCUAUAUUUGUGUGCAUUUUCAAAUUUUGUGGAAAUCUCUUGUGUUGUGGCGCGUUUGAUAUGUGGAAAAAAGCUUUUUCAUAA